UCUGUCGAGCUCCUUGCCCGUCCCCCAGGAUGCCCACCAGGGUGCCAGUUGCAAAUCACACCUUUUACAAACCACACCCUUCGGAGUCGCCGACUCAGGACCCGUCUCCUUCACGCGAAGGUGAGGGACGGGCACCGAUCCAAGUGGCAGCCUGGAGACUGGACGGACGACACCGACCAGACUCUGAGAAGAAAAGGCGGCAUGAGCAUCAACUCUCGGAGGCCCCGGGAUGUCUCGGAUCGGCGCUGAGCCUGUUCCUUCCCUUCUUGGCGCGCGGACCGCGCCAGGGGCGGCGCCGAAAGCGCCGCCAGGCGGGCUCAGCGUCGAUGCAAGAAGUCCGCCGCGGACCUACGAGAGCUCAUGCUCGUGCCCCCGGUUCCUCCUCCCGCAGACAGUCCUCGCGCUGCGGGCCAUGCUGCCCCGGCCGCAGCCGGGGGGCUCGCAGUGCAGGCGGGGGCUGCGCGCGCCGGACGCCCAGGAGUUCGCGCGCGCGCUGCUGCAGUGGCACCGCCGCGGCUUCCCCGAGCUCGGCGACCAGGGCGGUUGCGGCAUGGGCCGGGCCACCGCCCGAGUGCUCGACGACCCGGCGUUCCUGCAGAACCCGCGCGCCGCCGCGCGCCGCGCCUGGGAGACGACGGGCCGCUGCCUGGCGCCUAACGGCGCGCUGAUGCGCGCGGCUGCCACCGGCGUGCGCGGCAGGGCGUUCGCGGCCUGCGACGCGGCCACGAUCGCGGAGGUCACCCAUGCCGACCCGCGCUCCACGGCCGCGUGCGUGGCCGUGGCCACGGCCGCGUCGCUCAUGUUGGACGGGUUUGGCCGCAACGCGGCGGGCGGCUGGGACGUGGCGGCUGUCGCAGAAAGGGCGCUGGCGGCCGCGGAGCCCUUCCUGCUGGAGGACUCCGCCCUGGGCGAGGCUGCGCCCCAGGUGUGGGCCUGCUCCGCGUGCACGAUGGAGAACGAGCCAGCGGCCACGCAGUGCAUGAUCUGCGAGACCCCACGCCCUGCGGAGGGCGCUGGGACAGUCAACGCCGGCUUUGGCGGCGGGUGGACGCAGGCGGAGGCGUCCCAGCACGCAUACUCCCGCGCCGUCGCCAUGGAGCAGCUCCGCGCCGCGCUGCUGGGCGAGGAGUGGCCGGGCAAGAGGUUGGACGGGCCACUGAUGGGCUACGUGAACACUUGCCUUGGGGCCGCCUUCGGGUCGUUGAGGGACGCGUGCCGCGGGGGCCGCCUCGACGCGGGGUCCUUCUGCGAGGCCGUGCACCGCCUGACCAUGGCCGCGGGCGACGCGGAUACGAACGCCGCCGUCGCAGGUGCGCUGCUCGGGUGUGCGGCGGGAGCCAAGGCGUUGCCUGGCGCCUGGCUGCGGGCAUGCCCCCACCUCGCGUGGCUGGAGCGCAUCGCGGACCAGCUGGUGGAGGCGGCGGCCGCGGAGGAGUUCGCCGCCACGGCGCCCAGUGCCGAGGCGCCCGCCAGGGAGGCGCCUAGCGGAGCAGCGCUUGCCGAAGAGGCGCUGCUGGCGGAGGCAGCGCCACGAGACCCGGCGGCCCGCCGCAAACGCCGCUGCGACUGCGUGGCCGGGCUCCGCCGUCUCCUGUCGUCGCGCCCUCGUUAAAGGGAUCUUGCCUCGCGGUAGUUGGUUUAUUCCUCCUCGUCCUCCUCCUCCUCCUCCACUUCCCUUUUCCCUUUUCGCAGUUGGUUGCGCGCAGUUGCGCGCGGGCACGCCAGGCCCCGCUGGGCCAGGACGGGGGCGCCGACCGCCUCGAGGGCCUAUGGGCCCCCCGUUCCUGCACCCUCCCACGCCCAGGUUGCUCUUCGCGCACCUUUGUCACACAUGGCCGCACGGCCCCGACCAGGGCAGGGGGUGGGCGGAG